AUGAACUCUGCCCAAAGGGAAUCAGCACGUCAGAAGGAUGCCAACUCCAGAAGGGUUCUGGAUGAGGCAGCACGAAGGAGACGGGCAAGAAAAGCAUUGGAAGCCCUAGAACAAGACAACUUUCAUGAUGAUCCCCAUGCAAAUUUAGUACUGAGCAAAAAGAUCCCGAAGUUUGAAGAAUCACUAGAUGGUAAACAGACACGCAGGAGGAAAUCAAAAAAUUUUGAGAUCUUCAAACAGAGAUUUCGAAAGUCAUUUGCUCAGUUGUUGGAAGAGGAACAAAUGAAUCGACCAGAGCCUCCAAACUAUGUUUCAGCUCAAGUUCCACCUUCCAAGUUUCCUGAACGUCAUUUUUGUGCUGUGUGUGGAUUUAUUUGUAAUUAUACCUGUUUAUCAUGUGGCGCAAGAUAUUGUAGUGUAAAGUGCUUGGGAACUCAUCAAGACACUCGCUGUUUAAAAUGGACCGCAUAAAAUUCCAAUGCUUUCUUCUAUUGUCAUUUCGUUCAACCUUCUUGAUUACUGUUCCUGCUGUGUGAGAAAAUACACUUGAUGUUUCUAUAA